AUGUUUCCUUUGCCGAUGUUUACGGCGGAUCAGGUGGCUCGAGUGUGUGAGAACUUGGAGGAAACCGGUGACAUGGAGCGCCUGGGCCGCUUCCUGUGGUCACUCCCGGCGGCGGCCUCCGGUUCCGCAGGAGAGGCGCUGCACCGGCACGAGUCGGUGAUGCGCGCGCGCGCUCUGGUCGCGUUCCACGGCGGGGAUUUCGAGGCGCUUUACCGCAUCCUGCAGAGCCACCGGUUCACGCGCGAGUCCCAUGCCAAGCUGCAGGACCUGUGGAUGCUCGCGCAUUACCGGGAGGCGGAGCGCAUGCGCGGCAGGCCGCUGGGCCCCGUGGAGAAAUACCGCAUCCGCAAGAAGUUUCCGCUUCCCCGCACUAUCUGGGAUGGCGAGCAGAAAACACACUGUUUCAAGGAAAGGACACGGAGUUUGCUUAGAGAAUGGUACCUUCAAGACCCGUAUCCAAACCCAUCUCGCAAGCGGCACCUAGCCCAGGUUACAGGUCUCACGCCGACACAAGUUGGAAACUGGUUUAAGAACAGACGCCAAAGAGACAGAGCAGCAUCAGCCAAAAACAGACUACAACAAGACCCUGCUCUUCUCCCCCCUGGCAGCUCUCCAGAAUGUUCUUCCACAGAUCAAAAUGGCAGUCCAGAGAACAGGGACAGCAGUUUGUGUUCAGGACCCCGGGACACCAGAGCCUCCAUACAAGACAUAUCAGUAAUCAGCGACAGCGAGUUUGAGCCCUGA